AUGAGAGGGGCACCAAGCAGAAAAGAUCACCAAAAAUACUGCCAGUACCACCGAGACAUUGGUCACAACACUAAUGAGUGUCGGGCUGUAAAAGACACCAUCGAAGAUCUGAUUAGAAGAGGCCACUUGAAAGAAUCUGUCAAGAAGGCACUAGCUCGCGAGAGGGGCUCAAGGCGUUCUCAUGAGCAAUAUGCUCGAGAGGCUAAGGCACAUUCGGUCCCCCAAGUAAUGAGUUGUGAACAAAAGCCGUUGAAGCGGCCUAAGCAAGAGAGCGAGGUGAUAAGAUUCACUAGGGAAGAAUGCGAAGAAUCUCCUCGUCAUAAUCAUGAUGCGAUCGUAAUAGCGACAAGGAUCGGUAAUGCCCGAGUUCUCAGGGUAAUGGUCUACAAUAGCAAUGCAGUGAACAUCAUCUUCUUGGGGGCAUUUCGAGAAAUAAGGUUCAGUAAACGAGACAUGAAGGCAAGUCCGUCGCCAUUAUACAGAUUCACCGGGGAAAGCUUGGUCCCCAAGGGAAUAAUUGACUUACCUGUGACUCUUGGGGAAGAACCUAAGAUCAGGAUGGUGAUGGUCAAGUAA